AUCGCUCCCUUUGUUAUAAAUGAAGAUCGAGUCAAGGAGAAUGCAGAAGAACCAGUGGUUGCAGACCCUCUUAUAAGUAAGCACCUCAGAGAUCACCAGAAAGAAGGCGUCCGUUUCAUAUACUCUCAUCUUCGAGAACAAGGUGGUGUUAUUUUGGCUGACGAAAUGGGUCUCGGGAAGAGCAUUCAAGCGAUUGUUGCAACAAUGGCCCUUUUGAAGCAACCAAUGAUUGUCACCGUAAAGCGUGCCUCAGAUAUUACCACCUAUGCCUGCUCGGUAUCUACUUAUCCUUACCUCAUAAUUAGCUAUGAAAUGGCUCUGAGGUAUACGGAGAAGCUGGCAGCAGUGCGAUUCGACAUAUUGGUUUGCGACGAAGGUCAUCGCCUAAAGAAUAUCAACGGAAAGCUCAGGCGUUGCGCAACGGCAAAGGUGCGCGGGAGCCCAGUGAAGAUCGCCAAUGGUAUUAAAUUGUCUCAAAAAGGUUCGCUCGAUUCACUGUGCAUUCCUCGCCGUCUGCUUCUCACUGGAACUCCACUUCAAAACGAUAUUGAAGAAUUCUUUUCGCUGCUCGACUUUGAUGGAGACUUCAACAGGAUGAUCUCUGAUUGCCUACUAAGGCGAACUGGCGAAAUUAAUAAUACUCACCUGCCUAUCAAAAACGAUUACGUGCUGUUUUGCGCUCCCUCUACUAUUCAAAAAGCAGUUCUCACUGCAAUCUGUGACCACGUGAAUGGAGAGCCUUUAGUCCUCAUCAUAUGA